AUGGCCGAACCUGCCGAACCCGAUGAUACCAUGGAACUGCGUUUGCUCCAGCCAUCCGGCGACUGCACUCCCCUUGUCGUCCAGAGGAAACACACUGUCUCUCAGGUAAUAAAUUCGGUCAAGCAGGCCAUUCCUGCGGCGGAGGGUCAGAUUGUGGAGUUGCUCUACAACACGACUCGUCUCCAGCACGCUGACACCCUUUCACAGAGUGGCCUCAAUGAGGGUGAUGCGAUUACCGUCCUUCUCCGCAAGCCUGAAAUCCUGAUCUCGCCGAUUAAUGGUGUCAUGCCCAAAUGA